UCCUUCUCACACAUGCAGUCAAUGCUGUCUGGACUAAACUGGGUUUUAGUUGCUGUAUGAUAACUGGGGUGACGUGGAGGAUCCUGUAGGCUCGCAGGAGCGCGCAUCCCUCUCCACACCAUGGAUCAUAUGGGAGCGCAUCUCCACCAGACGCACGCAGACACCAUCAGUUUUGGGAUCGAUCAGAUUCUUAACAAUGCAGACCAGGGGAGCUGCAUGAUCUCCAACCCCAGAAUGCAGGACCUGGACUACGGUUUGGGCUGCAUAGUCAGCACAGCCUAUAAUACCAUGACUGGCAACUACAAUGUCAAUAACUCGGCUGGAUACAAUGGAAACUCGUGCAGCGUUGGCUCCCUCAACGGCUCGUACAACAUGAACUUGGGCACGAAUGUUAAUGGGAAUUGCCUUAAUUCUUCGGGGGUGAUCCGGGUUCCAGCGCACCGGCCGCUGAGCAGCGUUCACUCGUCCAUUCCCACCAGCGCUGCCACGGUGCCAAGUAUGGGAAGCAUGGGCACCAUUAACAAUCUCACGGGAUUAACGUUUCCAUGGAUGGAGAGUAACAGGAGAUAUACCAAAGACAGAUUUACAGUGGCCCUCUCACCGUUCACUGUAACACGCCAUAUAGGUCACCCGUACCAGAACCGAACGCCUCCGAAGAAGAAGAAGCCCCGGACGUCGUUCACUCGCCUCCAGAUCUGCGAGCUGGAGAAACGCUUCCACCGUCAGAAGUAUCUGGCGUCAGCUGAGAGGGCAGCCUUAGCGAAAGCACUUAAAAUGACUGAUGCGCAGGUCAAAACAUGGUUCCAGAACAGAAGAACGAAAUGGAGGCGGCAGACAGCAGAGGAGAGAGAAGCCGAGCGACAACAAGCGAACCGAAUCCUUAUGCAACUUCAGCAAGAAGCUUUUCAAAAGACUAUAAACCAACCUGUUACUCCGGACCCAAUCUGCCUACACAACAGCUCUCUAUUCGCACUGCAGAACCUCCAGCCCUGGACUGAGAACACGGCGAAAAUCAGUAGCGUUCCCAACACUGAUUAAAAGAAAGAGACUUUUAUGGAGGUGCGAUGUACAGAGAAAUAUUUCAACAUUAAUUUCUUCUUUUUAACGUUAAAACAGUAUUUCGUUUGUAAUAUGCAGCUUGUAGAAAACAUCUAAAAGAAUACUUGCUGCUCUCCGUGGCAGUCGUGCAGAAUCUGUUUUUUAAUCGAUUUAUCAUUUCGAUUUCGACAAAGUGUAAACAUAAAAUACUGUCAUAUUUCGUUUGAAUUUCAAACAUUACUUUGGUAACACCAAACUACAUCUGUGGUAACACUUUAUAAUAACUUUCAUUGAUAAGUCAGAAAAUAUUAGACAAAAUAUUAACAAACAAAAACGAACGUUCGAAUAUUCAUAUGCAGAAUUAUGGUCUGUUUCCCCAAAGCAUAUUAGGCCUAAUUUAAGUAGACCUACUAUUAAAAUCGUCACAUAUCAUUAUAAUGCCAAGCAUUAUGCUUAAUAAUUCAUAAGGACACACCGGAUUACUGUCAGCUGGCUUGAUUGGAGAAUAUCUAAAGCUAAACGCCACCUCUCUGUUGUGCACGGAAAUACAGUGAGCCUUGUUAUAAUUAAUAUCCUUGUCACUGUCAGAAUUAUUAGACACAUGCAGGGUGAAAAGAUACGGCUUCACUGUCUUCAAGUACACCCUUAUGCUUUUGCCCUCAGUGAGUGUAAGUGUUGGGACACUGACAAAAUUAUAGUUACGCUACUUUUGUGGGUACUUGGAAAAUAAAGGAAUUCAAAUAUAUAAUUUUAAGUAAAACGUAUUUUUAAUAAUUUUAAAUAGGCGAUUCUGGGUAAAAAGUUAUAAUUGAUAGGCUAAACAUGCGCCGGAUAAAGCGCGAAAAGCGUGUUAUGUGCACUUUUGCUAAACGCCUGUGAAAAAGAACGAACGUUCGUAACCUCUUUAAGUAGCGUAAUAAAUAUUCUAUAUAGGCUGUAUCAUGCUAUUGUUAAUCAGAGCUUUAUUCUAACUAAUUUACUGUUUUAACUGCAUUCAAUUUAUAAGCUAAAGAGCAAACAAAGUUUUAUAAAGUGUUACCAUUUAUUUUUCGAUAUCAUUUUUUCAUAAUCGUAUGUAGGUUUACUUGGAGAGAUUGUAUUUUGCACGUUUGUUAAUGAACACUUGCAGCGAAAAUAGUCCUGUGAAUUAAAAUAUAUUUUGCAGGAAAAAUGGGCUGACUUUAAUUCUUCAUGCUUGUGAUAGCUAAGUUAGACUGUCAUUUUUCGGAGGCGUGAUAUAAAUUACUACAGCACUUGUUAUGCAGAAUGUUGUUGCGACGUUCCAUAAAGAUUUUUCGUUAGCAAAUAUGUACUUCUUUUUACAUUAUUUGUAAAGUUUCAACUUUUCUGGAUAGUUUGUUAUUUCUGUAUUAGCCUACACUUAAAUGUUUUCGCGAAGUAUGUUUUUUCCAGUCAUUUUUCCCCAAAUAU